AUGAUUGUUUCAUCUUUGGAGAAAUUAGAUGAACCGGCUCUUCCUCCUCUCGAAGCCUUUUUCAAUAGUUUAAAGCACGAGGCCAUAAGCGAGAACGCGUAUAUACAGGCCAAAGAAGUCUUUAGAUUAGCGGGAUGCCAGACCAUUGGGGAUUACUUGAAGGUCUAUUUAAAAGUAGGCACUGGACUAUUGUGUGAUGUGUUCACUCUAUGGCGCAAGACCAUGUGUGAGCUGUACAAGUUAGGCAUUACACACUAUGUCUCGUUAUAUAGUUUUGCAUGGAACGCUUUCUUGUUUAAGAGUCAAGUUGUCUUGGACUCUAUUUCUGAUCCCCAUUUGUACGAUGUAUUGCGUAGAAAUCUAAGAGGCGGAUUUACCUCUGUUGUACGACAACACACACGUGUAGAAAAUGAGCAUACAGGUGCUGAUCCUUUUAGCACUGAUAAAUAUAUUUUGUAUUUAGAUUUUAAUGGCCUAUACGCCACCUGUAUGACAGAACUCCUUCCUCAAGGCGGAAUCCUUAAAUUAUCUGCUGCCGAAUGCGAUGAUUGGCUCCAUCAAGGAUUGGAAAAUAUUACAUGUGAUGGGGAUAAGGGGAAUUGGGUCAUGUGUGAUACCAAGCAUGUCGCACCUGAGGUGGCUCGAUACACCGAUGAUUUGCCCUUAACCCUGUCACAUGCUAAUAUUUCAACUGAUCUUCUGUCCAAUUAUAGCAAACACAUUUUAAAUGCCGAAGAUCGCAAACUCCCCAAGAAAAACAAUAAAUUAAUUGCCUCACAUCUCCCCCAAAAAGAUUACUUGGUCAGUUUAGAUUUGCUUCAGAUGCUGAUAAAAUUGGGAUUAGAAGUUGCUAAGGUAAAUGCAGUUUAUGAAUUCCGACAGAGUAAGUACCUUAAGGAAUUUGUUGAAACAAAUGCUCGUGAACGUACAAAUACACCUUGCGCCAUUAAGGGUAAAGCUUUCAAGCUGGUAUCAAAUGCAAUUUACAGCAAGAGUUUGACAAAUGUGAGUAAAUAUUAUGAUCAGCAUUAUUUAGUUACAUCUCGUGACAAAUUCCAAAAGCUUGCACGCAAUCCGUUCUUCAAACGGAGUAUUUUGUUGAGCGAAGACAGAGUCAUUUGCACGGUCAAGAAACAAUCACUUAAAGUCAAUACACCAACCUAUCUGGGCUUCCAGAUCCUGCAAAUAGCUAAGAGGAUCCUAUAUGAUUUUUGGUACAACACCGUCAAAGCUCAUUAUGGAGACAAAGCUAGAUUGCUGUAUACGGAUACAGAUUAG